UUUGCUCGGACGUAGUAUCGGCCAGCGAAAAUCCACUUGUUUUUUUCAAUUGGAUUCAGUACCGAUUAGUACAAAGUCAUCGUGACAAUAAUACAAAAAUGUGUGUUCAAUAGUGCAUUUAAGUUUUCAUUCAUAGCCUAACUGUCCCAGCUGAAAACGUGCUCAACCAAUUCCCUCAACCACAUACUAUAUAUCUCGUCUCUCUGUCCUCGCACUUUCACUAAACAUACUUAAAGCACUUGGUCAGUAUACAGGGUGCAACGCAACGAACAAAUCUACGCAAAUAAGACAAAGUUUAUAGUUAAAAAACAAAAGAAAAAGUUGUGCAAUAAGACGGAAAGAUGUCAACGGCCCAGCAGGAAAAAGUCAUACGUGUUGGUUCACGCAAAAGCGAGUUGGCGCUCAUUCAAACCAAACAUGUCAUCGGACGAUUGCAGAAGCUUUAUCCAAAGCAAAAGUUCGAGAUACAUACGAUGUCCACCAUUGGGGAUCGCGUGCUGAAUGUUUCACUGCCGAAGAUAGGGGAGAAGAGCCUUUUUACCAGAGAUCUGGAGGAUGCAUUGCGUAAUGGUGGCGUUGACUUUGUGGUGCAUUCGCUCAAGGAUUUGCCUACUGCAUUGCCAGUGGGCAUGGCUGUAGGCGCAGUGUUAGAGCGUGAGGAUGCUCGCGAUGCGCUUGUCCUGCGGGAAAACUUUAAGGGUCACACAAUUGGUACUCUUCCAUCGGGUAGUGUGAUUGGCACUUCCUCUUUGCGACGCACGGCACAAAUACGCAGACAAUAUCCGCAUCUGGUGGUGUGUGAUAUUCGAGGCAAUCUGAAUACGCGGCUAGCCAAACUGGAUGCGCAAGAUUCGAAAUUCGCUGGCAUUAUACUGGCACAAGCUGGACUUGUGCGCAUGGGUUGGAUGAGUCGUAUCAGCCAGGUGCUAGAGCCGACCGAUCUGCUCUAUGCUGUGGGCCAAGGGGCAUUGGCCGUCGAGUGUCGCGCAAACGACACUCUAAUACUGACCAUGCUGCAAAAACUGAUGUGCUUGUCCACCACUUGCCGGAUUUUGGCAGAACGCAGCUUUCUGAAGACGCUGGGUGGCGGUUGUUCCGCUCCAGUGGCCGUUUGGAGCAAUCUUAAGGGUGGACCCUUUAAUGACAAUGCAACGGAGGACAUUGGGUUAUCACUUACGGGUGCUGUUUGGAGUCUGGAUGGUCGCAUCGAAAUUCGCGAGCAUCUGGCGUGCGCCCUAAAUGAGUCCCAACGACGAAAACGUGCUGCCGAUGCAAAUAAUACGUCGAAUGAAGAGGAGCUGCAGCAGCAGGAGAACAAUGGCAAUGCGAAUGGAAAUCACAACGGCAACGACAAUAGUAACAGCUGCCACUCACCGCCGGCUGCAAAGCGUGCUCGCAAUGGCGUUGGCGCCGGUUCUGGCUCGUCAUCUAACUCGAAUAGUCCCCGACAGCAAGGCAGUCCGCCGGUCAUCAACGACGACGCUGAUGUCGUCGGCUAUAAUAUGGAGGCUCUGAUUGAGCGGCACAUUGAUUUGGCGCGCAAAUGUCCCGUCGUUGGUGCUGCCGACGGUAGUAAUCUGGCUGGCGGUGAUGGUGGUGGCGAUGCGGACUCCAGCAAUGCCAAUACAGCUGCCCACUGCCCGCUCCAAAUCGAUGUGGGUCAGGAUUUCAUGGGCGAGUGUCCAUUUGUUAAUAAAGAGACGAAAGUCUCAUAUGCCAUGGCAGGCAAAUGCCCUGUCACGCACAACGCAGCCUUAGCGACAAAUAGCAGCAGCGGCGAUGAACCAGAUCGGUCAGCAGUAAUGGCAACAACAACAGCACCAGCAGCCGCAUCAAAAUGUCCGUUUGCUGAUCUGCAUCAGGGUAGUGGCAUGGAAUUUUCCAAAAGCAGCAAUGAGAGUGGUGCGAGCACCAGUCACGGGAAAUGUCCGUUUCUGCAGAAAACCGUGAAAAUGUUUGACUAUGCGGAUGAGGAGCAGCCCCAGCCACAACAGCUCUCAAUGUUAAUCGAGGAUGUGGACAAUCUGUUCUGUGGCCUCUAUCAGCACACCUGCCACAGUCGGGAGCUCUAUGUACGAAGCAAUAAUCUGGGCCAGACUUUGGCCGAGGAAUUGAUCAAAAAGGGUGCCUUGGAUGUUAUGAAAGUUGCCCAAGCGGAGAUCCACAGUAAAGCCUCCUGAGCGGCAGCACAUGACAGAGUACUCCUGCGAUCAGACAGGAGUCUCCUAGAGCUUUAAGUUUAGCUAUCCUAUUGCAAUAAGUAGUAAAGUGUAAUUAGAGAAACUGUUAUCCUUGUUGUUAUUACUCCAUUCACCACUCUCCCACCCUUUUUGAAUAUGUUCCAUAUGUUACCUCAUUUUUGUGCUUCCAAUUUUUGGGUUAAGCUUCAUUAUAAUUUUUGUAUAGUGUUCAGGAUUAUGGAAACUGGUUCUUAUAAACAAUUUAUAACUGAAAAA